GAGGAAGACGAAAACUGCACCCAUGGCCAGCGACGGGGUGGAAGAUGAGCUGGAAUUCUACUCCAAGGCUGAAAAAUAUUGGAAGGACAUCCCCCCCACCGUGGAUGGGAUGCUGGGGGGCUACGGGCACAUUUCCAGUAUCGACAUCAGCAGCUCCAGAAAGUUUUUGCUCCGGUUUUUGAGGGACGGCCCAAACAGGACCGGCACAGCCUUGGCCUUAGACUGUGGCGCCGGCAUUGGGCGGAUUACAAAGAGACUAUUGCUGCCCCUUUUCAAAGCUGUGGACAUGGUGGACGUGACGGAAGACUUCCUGAAUAAGGCCAGGACGUAUCUGGGGACGGAAGGCCAACGGGUGCGAAAUUACUUCUGUUGUGGGUUGCAAGACUUCAGCCCGGAGCCUAACACUUACGAUGUCAUCUGGAUCCAGUGGGUAAUCGGACACCUGACGGACGAGCAUCUCCUGAGCUUCUUGGAAAGGUGCCGCCUAGGACUCUGUCCCAACGGCAUCAUCGUCAUUAAGGACAACAUGGCCCAAGAAGGGGUCAUCAUGGACGAAGUGGACAGUAGCCUCUGCCGGGAUCUGGAUGUGGUGUGUAAGAUCAUCCGCCAUGCCGGGCUGAGUCUUUUGGCCCAGGAGAAACAGGAGAAUUUUCCAGAUGAGAUCUAUCACGUCUAUACCUUAGCCAUGAGGUGAAGGAGAUCCAGGAAGCGUUCCCAUGGUGCUCCAGGGCAAACCAUGGUUUCCAGCAGGCCAGGAUGAAGGGGAAAGAGGGGAGACCGGCUGGGGUCUCGAAGAGGUGGGGAGCAGGGAGGGAAAGGCGGUUGCGUCCCUGGGCGGUAAAAUGGACUGGGACAGGGGAAGUAAAGGUAAGCGUGAUUGU